AUGUCACAUAUUAUGAGUGAUGAAUGUAUAUUGGCAAGUUUGGAUGAAAUUAUAGCAAAUGAGGAGUCAGACGACGAAUUCAUUAGUGAUUUAUUCGGUUUUGAUGAUGAAGAAGAAAUAGCUUCAAAUCAAGACAUUGGAAGUGUGCAAGGUGAUGUUCACAAGUACACUGUAUUCCAACAAAAUGAUGCUGAAUAUAAAACUAUGUCAGACACUGAAAAAGAAAUUGUACAAUCUGAUAAUGAAGAAGAAACUGAAGUUUCAUUUCCAACACAUCAACCAAAAGUACUUGUACCUCAAAAAAUUAACAAAGACAUGUUUACUCCAAAUUUUAAAUGGAAAUCUGGUACACCAUUUCAACCUAAGGUUCACCAGUUUUGUUCUGCUAAAAGUGGUAUUCAAAAAGAAUUUGAACUGAACAGUAACUCUACUAUUUUAGAUUUUUUUGAAGCUCUUGUGACUCCAUUUUUAUUGGGCAAAGUUGCUUAUGAAACAAAUGAAUACUUUAGGCAAAAUAUUGAAUCAAAUAAUGUUAUGUCAUCUCGUGAUACAAGUUGGUAUGACACUACAUCAGAAGAGUUAUAUUUAUACAUUUCAAUACAAAUGCUUAUGGUCAGAAAUAAAAAACUUGAAAUUGCAGAUUAUUGGUCUACAGAUCCACUACUUAAUUCUCCUAUUUUUGGAAAAACCAUGAGUAGAAAUCGGUUUCAAUUACUUUUGCGUUACAUUCAUUUUUGUAAUAAUAACAAUCAAAUCAAAAAUGACUGCUUAUUCAAAAUUGAUAUGGUAUUACAAGACAUAAAGAAUAAUUUCAGAUCUGCUAUGGUGCCAUUUCAAAAUCUGGUUAUAGAUGAGAGUUUGGUGUUAUGGAAAGGAAGACUUUCAUUUAAACAAUUCAUAAGGACUAAACGUCAUCGGUUUGGAGUCAAAUUUUUUAUUUUAUGUGAUGUAGAAACAGACUAUAUUUUAGAUUUUAUAAUAUACACUGGAAAAACUACACGUCUUGUUUCAUGUGAUGCUAACUUAGGGCAAUCAGGUGCUGUUGUAAAAACAUUGAUGAAAAGAUAUUUGAAUAAAGGUCAUACUCUAUAUACUGACAACUGGUAUACAUCACCAAUAUUAUCAAUGUACUUGCAUAAAAAAAAGACCAAUACUUGUGGAACUGUAAGAUGCAAUCGUCGAGGAAUGCCACCAUUUAAAAAAACUAAAUUUCAAUCAGGUCAAACUGAAAGUAAACAUACUGGAAAAAUGUUAACAAUAAAAUGGAUGGACCGGAGAGAGGUGCAUAUGCUUACCACAAUACAUAAAGAUGAACAGUUACCAAUUCAAAAACAUGGUAAAAUAAUAAUGAAACCUAAAUGUGUUAAAGAAUACAACGAAAAUAUGGAAUCUGUGGAUAAAACUAAUAUGUUACUGAGUAGUGUAGAGUGUGUAAGAAAAACAAUAAAAUGUUACUGGAAACCAUAUACCAAUAGCUCAGUUACAAAUAGAACUAAUAAGACAAAUAAUAGAAAAAUAUCAUACCAAUCGUGUAACAAAAUCAAGACCACUAAAGACCAACCAACAAAACUAAUUGAUAGGCAUUUUCCAUCAGAAGUUCCAGCAACACAAUCUGGAAGGCUUGCCAGAAGAAGAUGCCAAUUAUGCAAGAAGAAUAAUAAGAGAACUGACACUAGAUAUAUGUGUACAGAAUGUGAU